AUGGUGUGUACAGGGCCCUCGUUGACUGUCGAGUCGUGCGAGGAGAGGAGCACAGCUGCGAUCGCGACGGGCAAAGAUGACGAGGAGAACAAGCCCACUUACAGGAGACGACACUCUUCCUUCCACCCCCGACGGAACAGUACAGAGUCCGGGAUUGAAGGGGAUGACCGAUUGCUUCUCAAGGUCGACAUCUUCCUGUCCGAGCUGGAGCGCCGGCUGGAUUUCUUGGAGAACUACGGCAACCUCAACUUCGAUGCUGGGAUCUCGAGGGCGUAUGUGACGUUGCAGGCUGUACGGGCGAGAUGCUCACAAGUCUCUGGGGAGGUAAUUGGGGCUGGGAGACGGAGAGCGAAGGUUAUGGUUGAGACGGUGGAAUCCCGAUACAAAGAUGCGCUGGCUGCGAAGGGGACGAUGAGUGACAAGGUACAUACCGGCAUCUUACUAUUGGAGACCAUUCUGUCGGAAUUCGAGACAAGGGCGUACAAGAUGAAGGAUCAGGGUUUUGCUGGUGCUGCGGGCUCUCUGAUGGAUGAGGGGAGGAGGGUCGUGGAUGAGGGGAUCGAACGAGCCCGGGAGGUCGUGGACGGAGGCAUCGGGAGGGCUCUGAAAGCUGCGGAAACAAUGGAGGAGCACAUCCAGAGGGCCAUCGUUCGGGCCCGGGAGCACGGGCUUAUCAGAUAUGAAGAUCUCCCAGUCCCUUGGCGAGUCAAUCCCCAUAUCGUGAAAGGCUACCGGUUCAAGGAAUCCAAGGUUGACUGCGUACGAUCCAUGUUCGGUCUCUCUAACGAACUCGUCAACAUCUGGUCUCACGCCAUCGGCCUCUUUAUUGUCCUGGCCAUCGCAUUCUACUUCUACCCUACCAGCGUCAACUUCUCGGUCAGCACCAAGACCGACGUCUUUAUUGCCGCCGUCUUCUUCUUCGCCGCCUGCAAAUGUCUCGUCUGCAGUUGUAUGUGGCAUACGAUGAACAGCGUUGCGGACCAAACCGUGAUGGAACGAUUCGCCUGUGUCGACUACACUGGAAUAUCCUUCCUGAUCGCUGCAUCGAUCAUGACGACAGAGUACACGGCGUUCUACUGCGAGCCUGUGAGCUGUUGGAUCUAUAUUACUCUCACCGCUACCCUCGGCAUCGGAGGUGUCAUCCUCCCCUGGCAUCCAACAUUCAACCGGAGUGAUAUGGCUUGGGCACGAGUAGCUUUCUACGUUACGUUAGGGGCGACCGGCUUCGCUCCCGUCUUGCAGCUGAACCUCGACCGAGGCGGAGCUUGGGCGUGGGAAUUCUAUGCGCCUAUAGCAAAGAGCAUCAGUGUGUACCUCGUCGGGGCUGUCGUGUACGCCAGCCAGAUCCCCGAGAGAUGGUGUCCGGGUGCCUUUGACUAUAUCGGAGGUAGCCACAACCUGUGGCACUUCGCCGUCUUGGGCGGCAUCCUGUUCCACUACAUGGCUAUGCAAGAAUUCUUCACGGGGGCCUUUGCACGAGCGCAGAAUGGGUGUGCGUUGUAUUGA